AUGGGACUCGCAGCGACUUUGUGGACGGAGGCGAAGAUAGAUUCUACGGUCACGCGAGAAUUCGUACUGAAGCAUGUGGAUCCAAUCCUCCAUCAGCGACUGAAUAGUAAAAUCGCCUUUGGUGAAGGAUUAACAGAUGACACCUACAUCGACUGGAUUCUACAGCGAGGCCGCAGACUCUUUUUGAUCUUGACUGAAAUCGACAUACCGAGUCGCAUCUUUCGCCUCGUCGACGAAACGUAUGAUGACUCUGAUCUGCCUUUCGACUCAAAUAAGGCCGAACUCCUUCGGCUUUCUCCGGAUCGCGAGGACCUCUUCUUGAACUGGAAAUUCGUUGAAAUCCAAAAUCGUUUCUUAGCAAGAGGUAUUGAAUCUGGUCAACAUAUUACAUACGAUGAGGACGAAACAAUACCAAUCGAACCCUGUAAGGAUCGGCCUGCUGUCAUACUCUCCGACAGGCUGCCUGUCGAGAAAGUUGCACUUUCUGGUAUCGAGGUUAAAGAAUACCUCCGGUUGAAGAUUACGAUUGGUGAGGACACGGCAUCCCACUUUCUAAGCGAAUCCGACGUCUUGAGGGAAGUCAGAUCUUUAGAGCGCUUCUCAUACGAGCAUGUUUUAUCGAUCUUCGGCACCUAUGCGGUUGAUAACACAGUCAACAUCCUGUUCAAUCUACCAGAAUGCACUUUGCGAUCGUUUAUAAAUGAUAGGACGACAUCAGCCCUCAGGAAAUUCUCAAAACUGGAACAGAAACGAUGGUUUAUCAACUGGCCAAAUUGUUUAGCCAGUGGAUUGGCUUGGUUGCACGACCAAGGCUACGCUCAUGGAGCCAUUCGGCCGUCGAAUAUCCUAAUCGACGCCAAAAUGCACAUCUAUCUCGGCUUAUUCGAUGUCCAUGACAUGUUGGUAGGACUGCGGAAAGAAGAAUUUGCUGAAGCGUAUGAGUAUGCUGCGCCAGAGCAAUGGUCAAAUCAACAUAGCACCUGGCAACAGCCUCCUGCCGGCACGAGGAAUGCUUUAACCCGUACCGACAAUCUAUCAUUUUCCCCCAUGUCACCACCUAAAUAUCCUUACGACUCGAGAGGCAGGCUCACCUCUUGGGCGUCCUCAGACUUCACCAACACGGGCCCAUCGAGAAAGAGAGCGUCCUAUGCGCACUCAACAUCCACUACUAGUACACAUACAUCUAACCAAAGUACAACCUCUCACUCGCCCCCACAACCUAUCCCAACCAAUUCUCACUGUUACUCGGCUGAGCAACUCCCGCUGUCUUCCGAUAUAUUCUCCCUGGCGGCAGUAAUACUUGAUAUCAUGACCCAUCUAUGCAAACGGAAGCAAUCGGCGUUCGCCCAACAUCGCGGCUGUACUAGUCGUACGAAGGCCUCUGUCCGUUCUGCAACCGACUCCUCCUUCCACCUCGACCAAAAUACACGGCAGAUAUAUUCAUGGAUCACUAUUCUUGAAAAGGAUGCUGCUAAGCAAUCUGAGUCUUAUUUCCAUGCUGUCGACCCAAUCUUAGAAACAGUCAAGGAGAUGCUUGCUAGGGACCCAAAAUACCGACCGCGCGCUCCAUAUGUCGCUGAUAAAUUUGCCAUGGCUAUAUUACAAGUUGACUUUGGCUCUACCCAACCUCAUUGCCAAGUUAAACAAUCGGGAGGAAUAAUAGGAAGUCUUCGCUCCUUCGACAUGAGUGAGGAGGGCGAUAUACUGAUACCCCCUAUGCCGUCGUUCCCAGAAGAUUAUAGCUGCUAUGCCACCGAUGACAAGAGUAGCCAUCUCGAGAAUACCGGGAAUAAAGUUCCCAGCAUUGAAUUUAACAAUUCUAACAUGCGGUUGGCCGGUGUUGAUACCGAUGCCUGUACUGAACUUAGCAACGGCUCUAUAUCUCUCUACACUGAUGAUUCGGCCAAUCGUUCUUCCUCUUUGUUUAACACACCGCUAAAUAUAGCUACCCCGACCACUCCUGCAUUGCCAAAUCUACCUAGGCCAUGGAACGUCCAUAUCGUCAACAACAGUGGCGAAUUUGACGACAAGCAUGUACACCCUGCCAACGUUUCUACAGAGAUAAUAGACGAGAUGAUGGAAGACAUGCACGUACAGGAUCAAAAGAGCCUUCCCCCACUCCCAGUUCCUCCAGUCCAUCCUUGGUACGUGCCUAGCCGGGUGUCAUCGUUAUUCAACAAUAGAUCUGUACCAUCGCACACGUCGGCCCCCCUGCAACCCACCUACCCCGAUAGUAUGCCAGAAGAAGAAGAAGACCUAGGAAAUAAACCGAUGAUACCCCCUCGCCACCCCAAUCGCCCGCGUGCCGCUACUGGCCCUAGUAGGGACUGGCUCCCCACCCCUAGAAGCGCUCCUGAUGAUGGCCGGAGGAGGAGCAACAGCAGUUUUGGCAGCAAUCACAGUGGGAAUAGCGGCAACAGCGGCAGCACAUCCCCAUCGAUCGGAGGAUUCGGAGGAAGGUUCUCAUUGUUGACUUCCUCGUCGUCCAACUCUUCUACAGGCAACGGCUCCCCGGGCUCCGGCCUGAAUUUUAAGAAACGCGCUUUCAUGAACUUUUCUCGGAAUCGACCCGGCCUUAGAACUCCCCCUCCGGCGUGA